AUGGAAUCAUCUCCUGAUUCCAUUGAUAAAUUCAUUUCAGCGGAAAUUCCUGAUAUAGAGAUUGAUAAAGAUUACUAUAAGGCUGUCGAAGAAUUCAUGGUACAUGGUCCUUGCGGUGUUGCUAGAUCUAACUCACCUUGCAUGGUCAAUGGACGAUGUACCAAAUACUUCCCCAAAAGAUUUGUUGAUUCAUCAAGUUUUGAUCAAGAUGGAUACCCUAUAUAUAGAAGGCGUGAUGAUGGAAGAACAAUAACAAAGAAUGGUAUUCAAAUGGACAAUAGGUAUGUGGUGCCUCAUAACAGAUAUUUGUUGUUGAGGUACAAGGCACAUUUGAAUGUUGAAUGGUGCAACCAGUCCAGAUCUAUCAAGUACUUAUUCAAGUAUAUCAACAAAGGCAAUGAUCGAGUCACUGCCGAAUUCUAUAGAAGUUCCGCAGAAGCUAAUGGUGUUGAGGUUGUUGAUGAGAUAAACAUGUACUAUGACUGUAGGUAUGUUUCAGCUUCAGAGGCUACUUGGCGGUUACUUAGCUAUGACAUACAAUGCAGAACUCCAGCUGUGGAGCGACUUAGUUUCCACUUGCCAGAUAGCCAAACAGUAUACUUUGAAGACGAUGAAGAUGUGGAAACCAUUUUGAAUCGACAGACCUUGGGUGAAAGCAUGUUUACUAAAUGGUUUGAAGCUAACAAGAAAUACUCUGAAGCGAGAUUGUUAAGUUAUAUUGAAAUGCCGAAUAAAUUUGUUUGGAAAAAAAAUGUGCGGCAAUGGCAGCCAAGGCAACGUGGUUUUUCAAUUGGUCGUAUUUUUUACGUACCACCUGGUACUGGGGAGCUUUAUUAUCUUCGUUGCCUAUUGAACAUAGUUCGAGGACCUCAGAGUUUUGAAGACAUCAAAACAUACAAUGGAAAAGAGUACAACACUUUUAAGGAUGCAUGUUAUGCCCGUGGGUUACUAGAUGAUGAUCUUAAGUACAUUGAUGCAAUUAAGGAAGCUAGCGAAUGGUCUACUGCACAUUCACUAAGAAAGUUGUUUGUCACACUUUUAAUGGCAAACACAAUGGGGAGGCCUGAAUAUGUCUGGAACGAGGUUUGGACGUAUCUGGCAGAAGAUGCUCAAUACAAUCGACGAAAAGUAUUAAAUGAUCAAGAUUUGUUUCUAAACGACCAAGAAAAAAAGGAGUUUGCACUAAUACAGUUGGAAAAACUGCUAUUACUUUACAAUAAGAGUUUGAAGGAUUUUCCAGACAUGCCUUUAGUCUCAGGAGAAUUGUCUCUUACCACUGACAAUAGGUUGAUCUUGGAAGAGUUAUCAUACGAUCGUGAGUUGCUUGCUAAAGAAAGUCAGUUACUUCAUGGUCAACUUACAGAUGAACAAAGGUCAAUUUAUUAUGCUGUUAUUUCUUAUGUUUAUUCUAACAAGGGUGGAUUGUACUUUGUUUACGGGUAUGGUGGUACUGGCAAAACAUUUCUUUGGAGGGCAUUAUCAGCUUAUAUUAGAGCUAAAGGUCAAAUAGUUAUCAAUGUGGCAUCUAGUGGUAUAGCAUCUUUGCUUUUGCCGGGAGGACGGACAGCACACUCUCGAUUUGCAAUACCUAUUUCUAUCAAUGAAGAGUCAACUUGCAAUAUUCAUCAAGGUAGUCAGUUGGCAGAUCUCAUUGUUGCAGCGAAUGGUCAUAGGACAUUUGGAGGUAAAACAGUGGUAUUCGGAGGUGACUUUAGGCAAAUUUUACCUGUGGAGCCAAAAGGAUCAAGACAAGACAUUGUUUCUUCAGCUAUCAAUUCAUCAUACCUUUGGAAGCAUUGCAAAGUUAUGCGCUUAACAAAGAAUUUGAGGUUAAAUAGUAUGCAACCUGGUUUGGAUCAACAACGAAUGGAAGAAUUUGCAAACUGGCUUUCUUCAAUAGGUGAUGGUACUAUUGGAGAAGAUAACGAUGGUUACGCUGAGGUUGAUAUCCCUUCUCAAAUGUUGUUGAAAUGUAAUGGUGAUCCUAUUGCAACUAUUGUUAACAGUACUUUCCCUCAGUUCAACGGUGGUAUAAUUGAUGGUAGCUGCUUUCAUAGCAGUGCUAUUUUAGCACCAACAUUACAAGUUGUCAAUGAAGUAAAUGAAUAUAUGUCGGACUUGACUAUAGGUGAAGGGAAGACGUAUUUCAGUUCUGACACAGCUUGCAAAGUUGAUGGUUCUUCUACUGUACUUGCAGAUGUCCAUACACCUGAAUUCUUAAACACUAUUAGAGCUUCAGGCUUGCCAAAUCAUGCUUUAACAUUAAAGGUUAGGUCACCUGUAAUGUUAAUGAGGAAUAUUGAUCACAGUCUAGGACUAUGCAAUGGUACUAGGUUGGUUGUUACAAGAUUAGCUGAACAUGUGGUUGAAGGAAGUAUACUUGCAGGACCAAAUGCUGGCACUAGGGUUUUGAUUGCUAGAAUGACGAUAACGCCAUCUGACACAAGAUUACCUUUCAAGUUCAAUAGAAGACAAUUUCCUCUCAUGUUGUCAUAUGCAAUGACUAUCAACAAGAGUCGAGGCCAAACUUUGUCCAAUGUUGGUUUGAUCCUUAGGAAACCAGUUUUUGUCCAUGGACAACUAUAUGUUGCUGCAUCAAGAAUAAGUCAACCAAACGGCCUCAAGAUUUUAAUUUGUGAUGAUUCAAAAAGACGUAAACAAAAGGAAGAAUCUUUCGCGGCUUCUCGAUCCUUCCUCCAGCUGACUGCCACAACGAAUUGCAUCACUUUACAACUACUAAUAUAUCUAUUCCCCACUCUUCCAUCCAUCUACCACAACCCACAAUCGCACCCUUCAAUCAGACAACAAUCUGAGAUAUUGGUGGUUUGGUGGCUGUUGGCGAAAUCGAGAAUGACUCGGGGAAACCAGAGAGAAAGGGAUCGGGAAAGGGCUCAAGCAAGGGCAGGCCACAAGCCCAAGCAACCAAAAGGCGAUGGAUUGACCCCCGAGCAAAGACGAGAGAGGGACGCAAAGGCGCUUCAAGAAAAGGCAGCCAGGAAAGCGGCGGCUGGAGGGAAUAAUGCUAACAACAAGAAAUAGUUCUGAUCCGGAGUUGAUUCAACGAAUUGGGAAGUCGCAAGUGUUUCAAACAUUUGUAUCAUGUCAUGUGUUGUCUUUUCGACCAUUAACUUGUUGUAACUCAAAACUCAUUUUCAACUGUUAUUCUUUUUAAAACUAUUCCUUUUGUCCUAUUUUAA